AUGAAUAAUUCAUCAACUACACGAUCAUUCAAUCCGUGUUUAGUUUGUGGUGAUAAAUCAAUUGGUUUCAAUUUUGGUGUAUUAUCAUGUAUGGCCUGUAAAGCAUUUUUUCGACGAAAUGCUGUGAGACUUGGCACUUAUGAUUUUACAUGCCCAAAAGAUGGCGAUUGUUCAAUCACUCAUACAUUUCGUCGUAUAUGUAAUUGUUGUCGUUUAGCAAAGUGUUUUCGUGUUGGAAUGCGAAAAGAUCUAAUACUCUCUGAAGCCGAAAAAGAAGCAAGACGGAAAACAGUUGCAAAAAAUCGCCAAAAACGUGAACAAGUAUUGAAAACACAAUGUUUAGACAUGGUUCCAGUAUCAACUAUACAAUAUUUUACACCUCAUCAAUUAACAUAUUUAUCUCAAUCUGAUCGAAUACUGUUAGGAAAUGUUUUUAAUACAUAUGAAACAACGUGUAUUGCAGCAAGAAAUUCUCAUCUACCAGAGUUUCCUACAAAGAAACAUACGAAUUUAUGUGAUUUUUUAAAUGAAUAUUCUCUUAUGCAUAAAGUCUUAAUUGACUAUUUCAAAGUUAUACCAGAAUUUAAUACUCUCGCUAUUGAUGACAAAAUAUGUCUAAUACGGAAUCAAUUCGGUGUUGUAAACAAUAUCAAUGAAGCUAUUGUUCAUCCUGGUAUUUCAAAUAAUUUAAUUGUUUCAUCAUCAAAUGUUUACGGUACUUAUAUAACGAAUCGUCUCAUCAAAUCUAUUCAACGAAUAGCACCAUUCACUAAUGAUCCUAUUAUACUCAAACUACUUCUACUCGUCGUCGCAUUCUCAAGUGGUAAUUGUAGAAAUAGAAACGACACGGAAAUGGAUCAAAUUUGUAAUGAUACUUUAUCCAUAUAUUUUGCACAAAAUAUUUAUACUGAAUUACUAUGGAAAUAUGUUUUAUCACGUUCAUCAACUGAAAUUGAUGCAGUCAAAUUUUUCGAUAAAUUAGUUCAAUUUCUACUUUACUUAUUAGAUGUUCAUUUACUUAUCGAUGGUUAUAUAAAUGGUUUAUAUUUUGAAAUAGAACAAAUGGAACCAUUAAUGCAAAGUAUGUGGCCAAAACCAAUUAAAAGAGAUAGUUCGUUGAUGAGUGGCAUGGAUGUAGAAAGUGAUUAA